UCCCCUGCGGCAGCUUCCUCUUGGCGCCAGGCUCCGGCGCAUGCGCGGCCCUGCCGAGGCGAUGGCGGCCGCCGCGCUGGGCUGGGCGCUGCGGGCCGCUCGGCAGGUUCUCCCCAUGUCCUGCACGAGGCAAGUGCGGGGCUACUACGUGGACUGGAGGAUGCUGCGGGACGUCAAGAGAAGGAAGAUGGCCUACGAGUAUGCAGACCAGAGGCUGCGGAUCAAUGCCAUCCGGAAGAACACCAUCCUGCCCAAGGAGCUCCAGGAAGUGGCUGACAAGGAGAUUGCUGCCUUACCCCGGGACAGCUGCCCUGUGAGGAUCCGAAAUCGGUGUGUGGUGACCUCCCGCCCUCGCGGAGUGAAGCGGCGCUGGAGGCUCAGCAGAAUCGUUUUCCGCCAUUUCGCUGACCAUGCUCAGAUGUCUGGCAUACAGAGAGCAAUGUGGUAGAUGUGCCUUCAGGUAGAAGCACAAACCAGGCCCAGUUUGUGCCUUUGGAUAAUUAAAAUAAGAUUCCUGUCUGUGAGUCCUGCAUCAGUAUCAGACCAACAAGGGAAGGAUGAAAAUCCUUGCUGAUUCGUCGGCUUUCUGGAUUGCGAUUGCUGUCAUUGACAAGCAGCAGCAUAAUUGCACUAAAUUGAUCUGCAUGAGAGGCAGCUUGAUUUUGAAGGGAAGAAGUCACAACGUGAUGGUUGCAGAUUUAAGCUGAGGUUUGUGAUCUGGGCAGUGUGAGAAAUAAAGACAUACAGCACAA